AUGACCCAAACAAACAUCCACAUCCCAAGCCUGGGCGGAAGCAAUACCUUCACCCGGACCUUGAGCAAGGACGACGUGAAGAUCUGCGUAGCAGUCGAAGAAGCUUUUACAGAGGCGGAAAGGUGUUCUGAGGAAAAGUUCUGUUAUCGCCUGGGAGCGAAUCCGGAUCUAUGUCUCGGACUCUUUAUUGAGAAUGAACAAGGGACAUCACCUGCGCUCAUUGGUCAUGUCAUUGCAGUGCGGUCUCCCUAUACGCGUAUCACGGAUGGAUCUAUGGCAAUGCCGGAGAAUUGGCGAUCAUUGGAUGAUGAGCCUGUUUUUGUUAAUGAUGAGUUAAUUGGGAAUCAUAAGUAUGGCGAUAGCAUUGCGAUUCACUCUGUUGCUAUUUCGCCGGAGUAUCAAGGCAAGAAGGUUGGGAGGGCUCUUGUUCGGGCGUACCUUGAGCAUCUUGGGAGAGGAUGUUUUGGAGCGAGUAAGGUUGUGCUUAUUGCGCAUGAUUACUUGGUGAACUUUUAUGAGAGUGUUGGCUUUAAGAAUCAGGGGAAGAGUCAGUCCAACUUUGCUGGUGGUGUUUGGUUUGAUAUGACUUUUGAUUUGGAGUGA